AAAAAAUGAGUAGCAAAUACUGUCUAGUGUUGCUCCUUGGGGUGGUGCUUCUCAGCACUGCCUCACUAGCUGACCACCACGAGCCUUCCAAGCCCCAUUCUCCUCCUAAACACAAACCUCCGACCCCACUUGAUCACGGGGAGAAGCCAUUUCCUGAACACAAACCGCCUCUCAAGGGUAAGGGAGACAAGCCACCACCGGAGCACAAGCCACCGCAUGAGCAUCAUCCUGGACGCCAUUUACUGGAGUCGUCUUCCCUUGAACAGAAUUCGCCCAGUUUGGAUGGCAAACGUCCAAAGCCACCCCCGAAACACAAGCCACCAACAUCCACACUUGACAAAGAAGAGAAGCCGUUCCCAGAACACAAGCCACCAACCAAGCCGUUUGACGAACCUCCCAAGCGUAAGGGAGAGAAGCCACCAUCGGAGCACAAGCCACCCCACGAUCAUCACCCUGGACGCCGUUUACUGGAGUUGUCUUCCCUUGAACAACAAAAUUCAGCAAGUUUGGAUGGCAAACCUCAACCUCCCAAGGGAGAAAAGCCACCUCCGAAACACAAGCCACCAACUCCAGAAGAUGAAGCUCCUAAGCCUAAGGGUAAGGGAGAGAAGCCACCUCCAGAGCACAAGCCACCCCAUAAUCAUCACCCUGGACACCCUUCAGUGGAGGAUGGCAAGGACUCCCACAACACACCUCGGAAGUUGAAGGCUCCAACCGCGCCCGAAAAGAAGCCGCCAAGUCCGUCUCACAAGCCACCCCACAAACCUCCACCAGCGAACUGAUCAUGAUCAGUGCAUGCAUGCAUGUUUAUAUAUUUGUAGAAAUUAAUAAGAGCUGCAGCAUAUGCUACCUUUCUUAUGAGUCACUGUUUCUAUACAUGGAACAGUUACUAUAGCUACAACAUGGUACUCAUCUAUGUAGACUAUGUUCACCUACGUUGUGUACGUACUCGUUUUUAGUAUUUCAAUGAAUCCUUUUUCUAUCA